CGGAAACUCACAGUCAUUUCAACAUGGCGGCGCCGUAGUGAGACUUCACAACAACAGCUGAGCGGAGAAACUGGGAAGCGGGCGGAUUGAAGAGCCUCCACCGGGGGUUUAGGGUCAACGGUUUAGUUUUUAAGAUGUUCGCAGGUCGGUUUAGGUAACGUUUCGGUUUUUUUGGUGAACGGAGUGACUUCAGUGUAGCGUUUAAUAAGAACAGGAGACAAUCUUCAUCCAUCUGCACUGAGACUGCUGCCUUCAGCCCGUAACUCCAGCAGUGAUGUCACUCGCAGAUCCCACCUCUGAUACCACACCGUUCUUCUCAGAUGAUGCCGAGGGUGAAGGGUCCUCCGACAAAGAUGAAGGGCCUUCUCCUCAGCAGCAGCAGGAGGAGGAGGAUUCUCCGAGCGGACUGUCCAAAACCAGAGCGUUUCUGACUGUGGGAGUGCUCUGCUACAUCAACCUGCUCAACUAUAUGGACCGAUUCACUGUAGCUGGUGUGCUUCCAGACAUCGAGCAUUUCUUCAGCAUCAGUGAUGGCAAAUCGGGGCUACUCCAGACUGUCUUUAUCUGCAGUUAUAUGCUCCUGGCUCCUCUGUUUGGCUACCUGGGAGAUCGGUACAACCGGAAGAUGAUCAUGUGCUUUGGCAUUGCCUUCUGGUCCAUAAUCACACUAGCCAGCUCUUUUAUCGCCAAAGACUAUUUCUGGGCGUUAUUGCUGACGCGGGGGCUGGUGGGAGUUGGUGAGGCCAGUUACUCCACCAUUGCUCCCACAAUCAUUGCAGAUCUCUUUGUUAAGGAGAAGAGAACCAACAUGCUCUCCAUCUUCUACUUUGCCAUCCCUGUAGGCAGUGGUUUGGGCUAUAUAGUAGGAUCUGCAGUGAAUGACAGAGCGAAGGACUGGCACUGGGCACUGCGGGUGACCCCUGCUCUGGGGGUGGUGGCAGUGUUCCUCUUGGUGUGUGUGGUUAAAGAGCCAAAGCGUGGCGCUAUUGAGGCACGACCUGAACACACUCUGCACAGAACCUCGUGGCUUGCUGAUAUGAAAGCCCUCUGUCAGAAUAAGAGUUUUAUUUUGUCCACGUUUGGCUUCACGGCGGUGGCCUUCGUCACAGGCUCUCUGGCUCUGUGGGCUCCAGCUUUCCUCUUCAGAGCUGCAGUCUUCACUGGAGAGAAAGUGCCCUGUGUUAAAGAGCCGUGUGACACCUCUGACAGCCUGUAUUUUGGCGUCAUCACGUGUAUAUCCGGUGUGUUGGGGGUGUCGAUGGGCGUAGGGAUCAGUCAGUAUUUAAGGAAGAGGACGCCACGUGCUGACCCACUAGUGUGUGCUGCAGGACUCCUCCUGGCUGCCCCUUUCCUCUAUCUGUCCAUCAUCUUCGCCCAGAAGAGCACUAUAGCUACAUAUUUCUUCAUCUUUUUGGGCGAGACGUUCCUCUCCAUGAACUGGGCAAUUGUGGCCGACAUUCUACUGUAUGUUGUGGUGCCCACGCGGCGCUCCACUGCAGAAGCUUUCCAGAUUGUACUCUCACACCUGCUGGGAGAUGCUGGGAGUCCCUACCUCAUAGGAGUGGUGUCGGACUCACUGAAGCAGGCGGACUCGUACAUGUGGGAGUUCCGCUCUCUGCAGCUCUCUCUCCUGCUCUGUUCCUUUGUGGCUGUGGGAGGUGGAGCGUUCUUCCUGGCCACGGCUCUCUUCAUUGAAAAAGACAGACACCGUGCUGAGAACUACAUCCCUUCAGGCGUGCAUUAGUGAGCAUGAGACCAUUUCACCUUCAUAACGAUGAUGCACCAAUCAUUGUCCCGAAGAGAGGAAGAUCCACCAAGGUGCCAGUGUCGAGUGUUUUAAUCUGAGGAGAAGGGAGGAAGUGGGUCGUUCUUAAUCUAGGGAAUUUCCAGCCGUGUGGACUGACGUAGACGGGCGUAGCUCAGCUCAGCGACCGGCUUGGAGUAGCAGGAUGGGAAGAAUAGAACCACUGAUUGGACUGUCUCCCCUUCAGGGAUGUUUUAUGAUUAUUUAUUAUGCUUGUAAUAAUGUUUAUUUUGUUAUUAACACCUCAAUUUUCCUCAACUUUGGGAACAUUACAUUACUUUACUUAACUAACAGGGAGUGUUAAACACUUCUGACAGACCUGCUGUCUCAGAAGUGCUCAGAGAGGACUGCUCGGAGAAGGUCCUACUGGGGGAAAAAAGCCUGAAGUCAGUAGAUUGAGGACAUUUGGGGGGAAAGGUGCGGAAAAGUGUAACGAUACUGUGGACAGCAGGACGUUUUUAAGAGAUAUAAAAGGAAGCACAAAUUGCGUUUUAAACCUAGAACCAUGGUAAAGGUUUUAAUUAAAUAUUUUUUAAUUUUGAAAGCUGAGUGAGUUUUUAUAUAUAUUUUUUAAGUUAGAUUAAGAUUAACAAAAUUAAGAGGUCAACUGACUCUUAUAACAGAACAAAUGGACCACUACAUGGCAAUGCAGCAGCUAUGCUUUUAGCCCUGUAGCAUCAGUCCUAUGUUCAGUUCUCUAUUGAGGUCAGCUCCUUAUGCUUUUAACUACAUAACAUCAGUUGUGUGGUCAGAUCUUUCCACUAGCUACCUUAAUAUCUCCACACAUUAAACAUACAGUCCUACUAACCCCGUUUUUAUUUGUUAUUAUUUUAUAAUUUUACUAUAAUUUUUAAGGCCUGUAAUAUAAAAAGGUACACAGAAAAUAAACCAAACACUACCGCUUCCAGUAAUACUACAGAGAUUAUGCAGAUGUUUUUUUUUAUUAUUAUUAUUAUUAUUAUUAUUAUUACAAUUCUAAACAAGCUGCGUUCAGAUGUUCAUUAAACCGCUCAGUUUGCAGAUGUUUAGGACGUGCCUCUUUAAUAGUCUGAAAAAGUCCUUCCAUUUUGAUUUCUUUUAAUGAAGACAAUUAAAGAGAAUUCUACCAAAUGCUGUUCUUUUUGAAAUGCUAUUGUGGAUCAUUUUUAAGUUUUGAAAACCUGAGGCUUAUUACCAUGUUUCAGAUAUUAAAUAAGCUUAAGCUCA